GUCAGUUUCAGGAGAAAUUUGAUCUUACAUACACGAACGCAAAUUCGUCAAGAGAUCUGACUUGAUAGCUCCCCAACGAAGACCUCGGCCCACCCUUUUUCUGUUUGAGUGAACGCACAAAUCACGAACGUCGUUCUCUAUUUGAGGCCAAGAAAUUAAUUGUCCCACGAGCUUGUAGCGGCGCUCCAUGUUCUAUUUUGAAGACUCUUUAGACAGAAAUUUUGUCCUCGCUUGUACCUCAUGAAUGUGAAGAUAUCGUGAUAAAGUAGAAGUGUAUCAUAUCCUGAUAUUGUGGUAAUCAUCACCUGUGUAGGAAAGCAAACAAUGGUAGCCGACCAAACCCCUGUUGACGACACCAUGCAGGCACAAAAGACCGCGGAAAGCAGUACUACCUGCACCACGCAGGAAGACAGCCAGUCAACAUGCGGAAGUAGUACUUCCACGUGGCAGGAGCUGAAGCAGGAGGGCAACGACUUUUUCCAGAAGGGAGAUCUGCAACCCGCGAUAGAGAAGUACUCCGACGGGAUAAGUAAACUCGCAGCUUUGUGCAACAGUGGUACCACAACAGGAAGUUCUUGUGCACGACCACAGCAGCAGGAUCAUGUUCAGGAUGCGGCGAAUUUCACGCCGGAAAAAAACAAGCAGAAAGCGGAGGAGCGACAGUCAUUGGGCCAAAUGUACAACAACCGCGCGCUGUGCUUCUUCAAGCAGGAGCAGUGGCAGAAGACGGUGGACGACUGCACAAGCUGUCUCAAACUCCUGGACCAGUAUCCGAAAGCGCUCUACCGAAGGGCAUUGGCGCUCGAGCAAUUGCAGAACUACUCCCGUGCGCUCUCCGACGCGGUGCUGUUUGCAAAACUCGACAAGAAGCUCGGCCCACCACUGGUGCAGAAGUUGCAGAAGGACGCGCGGGCGUUCUACGAACACAGGCAAGUGGAGAGGAACGCGGUUUUGCAGAAUCAGUUGUCCAGCAGCCAGGCUUUGCAGAUCGUGAAGGACAAACUUUUGAUGUCCCCGGUAGGAAGUACAAAUAAGGCAGAGGAGACAUCAGAACAGCACUUGAAUUUCAAAAGGAUCUUUGACUCCCACGACGUGGCCCCGGCGAUCAACAGUCUGACCAGGAGCUUAGUCAACAGCACUGCGAGCAAGAAAUCGUUGCUCCAGUUAGAGUCCGUGGAAUUAAUCUGCAAGGCGAUCAAGACGAUCCUCAGCCUCGAGCAGGGCGGGACGGUCUUAGAUGUGGAGACGAACGAGGAGGAGGUGAUCGAAGCAAGCGGUCUGGUCAAGUUCCUACGGGACAGAUUUGAAAAUAAUACCGUAGAGCAGGCUGUAGUUGCAGGUGAAAAUCAAAAUCGGAGCAAACCUGCUUCAAAUUUGUCACCGAAUAAAUCGCUGUUAGAUCCGAAGGAAGAGGAGAAUUUCGCGACCAUCCUUGGCAGGGCGUUUCAGUUUUUGCACUUCAUGGGCAACUACACGUGGACAGAGGACGACAUGCUGGAUAAACACGCGGCCGACAAGCCCUUACCAAUAGAUGAGGAGAGCAAAACGGCGCAAGAGCUGAUCCGCACGAACUUGCCGCUGCACGAGCUGCGGCAGUUGCUACGCUGCGGCAGGAGCAAGGUCCUGGAUGACAGCAAAAUUAUAACUGCAGGAACAGCUGCGGGGGCAUCAUCCGACAAGCCUGCUGCGGAGGUCGCAGCGGCCGUGGAGAUCACGAAAAAAGAAACUACAACUCUGCUUCCCAAGGAAGAACAAGACGCGGAACAUCAAACAAGCGCAAGCUCACCUACAAGUACAACAAGUACCUUCAGAUUUGACGCCACGAACCUGUUGAACAACGAGUUUCUGCUGGAGAACGCCGUGAAAGUCCUGUUUUUCUACAGUCCGAACAUCACCCAGACCUACCACGGGAUCAAGGGAAAGUUGGAGGACCAGACUCUUCUCGAAACGCUGUCCGACUUGCACGACCGGUUGCAAACGUUCGCGAACAGCUCCGCGAUCGCCGUCACGUCCCAAAUCGCGGAUGAGCGCAGACGGAUGGGUCAACUCGCGAAGGCGUACGUGCCGAACCAACAAUUUUACAAAUUGGUCGAGUCCUUGCUCCACACGAGCCCGCCCUGCUCCGAGCAGCUCCGGUCCUGCCUUGCGCAGCUCUGGUUUUUACUAGCCGACAAAGAGCGGCCGAAGAAGGACGCGAUCGAUUUAGGGGAGGUGAGCACGAAGAUGAUUCUUCCCUUUGUCGGCGACGCGAAGGACGACCACACGCUGUUGGCGAACGGGUUUCUCUCGCUAACGACCAUGUUUUUCGUCAACUCGGAAGCGGCGUCGUCCUGCUUACACCACGAGUGCGGAAAGGUCCUGAACGUGAUUUUGAAGCUCUGCUACGCCGUGCACGACAUUCAAGCGGCGGACACGCGGUUAGCGCAGAUCUACGCGUCCGACGUGCUGGUGCAGUGCAUGCGGGACUUGACCACGCGGUCGCAGAUCAUCCAGGCGGGCGGGGUGGAGAUGGUCACGGGCAUCUUCAAGGGCUUGGGGUCGAUUCAAUUGCGGCAAACCAGUUUGCAAGCGGACCAAACCAGGCUGUUAAAAGCGAAGCUGGUGUGUGUUUUGGCCCUGAUGGCGGCGCACUCGGACGAAAUCGCCUGUCAGAUCUUUGAGUUCACCGACUUCUUGAAAGCAUUGGAAGAGGCGUUCGCGUAUGUGAAGGAAUUGUCGGUCCAAGUUGCGGAGACCAGGAAAAGGCUAGAGACCGACAUCAAGAAAAACGCGACUGGCUUUUCGGCCGCAAGUAGGAAUAAAGACAACAGCGAUAGGACACCCGCAACCAAAUCCGAUGCGUUGCAGAGCCGACCAGCGGAAAAUAGUAAGAAAAACCAGAACUACAGUGCGACGGCCUCAAAUAAGUCCUCUAGUACCCUCCAGCAACAGAAGAACCCGUUUACCAGUCUUCCCGACGAGCGGUUGAUUUCUUUGCAGAACGAGAACUUGGGCGAGAAGGAGCUGCUCCGCUCCCUCGAGUUCGACAAUCUACUGAAACUGAAAAAAGCGUUCCUCGAGGCGUUCGUGUAUCUUUCGCUCCACAAAGACUUCAAGGCGGAAUUUAUCCAAAACGACAAGUUGGUCACGGAGUUCCUCUGCAACUUCGUGCAAAUGGACGACAUCACCGCGGAUAGUAUUGUUGGUUUUUACUACACGACCAUAUUAUUCAACUUUUUCCGGUCGAACGAAGACAAGAUCCGCCCCAGAAGGCAGGAGUACCCGUACAACGAGAUGGACGACGACCAGAUCGAAGCGUUAGAGCAGUUCUACCAAAAGAUGCCGGCGCAGUCCAGAGCGGCGCAGAACGGUGCGGUCGACGCCGGCGAUGCGGCCCUGGCGUUCAAGUACCGAAAAUUUGUGAUGGAGCACGAGCAUUGCCUGGAGAAACUCCACCAGUGUUCCUACAGCUCCGCUUUGACACUUCAGGGGCAGAUGUCGUUGGCGCUGCUCUACAACUUUUUAACCCAGAACCAGGAGGAUUUGACCUGGCGCAGGGUUUUGAUGAAAACGGGUGCGGUUCCCGUUCUGCUCCGACUCCACACGCAGCUGCUCAAAAACAACGCGAUCAAGGAGAACGAGAAGGCGGUGGACGCCUGCCGGCAAGCGUUAGCCCAUAUCGCGAUCGUGACGAAUCCGGAGCUCUACCAGUACCAAGACGCCGCGGACAUGGUCGUGCCCUUGUUGACGAUGAUGAAGGAGUCAAGACAUAUCAAGUGCAAAAAUGUCUGGGUCUGGAAGCGUGUAAACUUGUCAUGCAGAUUUUCCAUGACCCAUGAGGUCUGAAAUGCGGGACGUAGCAUGACAGACUCUGCGAGGUCUCCGCCAUGCCUAUCCUGCAUGAGAAACUCCCUCGCAACUUGGUCGAAAGUGGACAGCUUUUGGCACUCAUGCAGCACAGAUUUGUGUAUGCUUCAGUUUUACCAUGACAAGUUACCACUUUCCAGACCCAGACAUAUUUGCAAUCCAUAAGACACGAGCUCCACCAAUUCGAGGGCGCCAUGGCGAUCACGAACCUGGCUUCGUCCAAAAACAUCCGCGACGUCAUUCUGAACGCGAACGGGUGGGAAAUCUCGAUGGAGUUGCUGUUUUCCGCGAACGAGCGGGUCCAGCGGGUCGGACUGGAGGUCAUGUGCAACUUGUGCACCGAGGGCAGCAUCGUGGAGAAGCUGGCGAAGAAGUGCAACUUGUACUUGGAAGGGAAAGGAGUCGACAACGCGCCGGCGGAAAUCAAGGUAUAGAAAAAUCUUACUUUCUGCCUCUAGUUGUAUAUUUUUAUUUGCAUUGCUACUUUUGAAGUAGCCGUAGCGCUACCCGCAGCAACUGCAGCUGUUACAACUCAUGGUACGCACCCAAGAUGCACAGUAUUCUCGAACGCACAAAUAAUUAAAACCAACAGGUGAUGCUCGCUUUCUGCGCCAUUGUGACCCGCGACCAGGCCGAGGUGGAUCGCAUUGAGCGUGAGGAGGCCCUGGCGAACAAGAGCAGUGACGACGAGCUGGAGGACUGGCCGGGGAGAAAGAAAAAGUUUGACGAGAAGAAAAAGAAGGAGCAGGAAGAUUUGAAGAAAAAACAGGAACAAGACGCCGAAACCGGCCCCACGGCGGAACUCCGGAAGAUCUUCAAGGACGGGAAUCCUUUGAAGAAGCAAGUACCCUUGGAAACGCUCUCCGACAACGACCGAAGGUUGUUAAUCGCCGCCUCCGGCUGCCUCGCGCAGUUGACGGAGGACGAUUCGAUCUGCAAAAUGAUUUCCGUCACCGAGCAGUUCUCCUAUUUGCUAGAUUUGGUCGCGUGGGAAACGGCCGACCCGGAUUCCGAGUUUCGCGCCAUGACCGCGGUGUGCAAUCUGAUCGCCAGCGACGCGGUGCUUGGGCACAUCAAGCACUUGGCGCAGGGCGCGAUCGAGAAGAAAAAGAAUUCCAAGAACGGGUUUGCGAAUCCCAGGUCGAAACAGACGUACGAAUUUUUGCUGGAAUUUCAAAAACAGAGCGGGAAGUGAAGUGUUGCAUCAAUGGUGCGAAGUAGAUGAAAAGCGGAGGCACGACGUUUGGCUACGCUUUUUAGCAAAUCAUUCAGUGCCACAUCCACUUCCAAGAAAAAUCCCUCAUCUGUGGCGACAUUUUUUCUUCACCAUAGACCCUAAGAGAAACAUCAGUCUCUUCGAGGACCAUGACCCAGACUGAGUCUACCCACAUGACAACUACACCGCAAAGCGUUGUUUUCCCAUCGACCGCGCAAUCGAGUAAGAUAUCAAGAGAGCAGCCGGGUGAG